AUGCGACGGAGCACGACUCUGUGGGGCCUAUCUAAGGCAUUAGGAGCAUUCAAUGACAUCUGUGCAGCCUUUUGGGAGUGGAUACGACUCCGUGCAGAAACUGCGGCACCCCCCACUUCGCUGGCCGCACGCACCGUAAAGGCAGACACAGCCACUCCUACUCAACGCCUGACAGAGUGGUCAGAUGGACCCCCUGGUCAGCAGCGACAUCCACCUGAUCUUUCGGGGAUGAGGAUUGCGGGGAGAUGGGGGCAUUUGCAACGACGCCUCUGCGCCCUACAGAGAAGGCGGAAGAGGCGCCUGCGAUGCUUGAAGCAACAGUGCCGCUCCCCAUAUGGGUACAGUGCCCUGACCUCCCAGGGAAAAGCCUUAAAACACACCUGUCUUUCUGCAAAGUCUGACAGGGACACACUUCGUCUGUACUGCUGUAGCACUUGGAUGCGACCCCCCCCCUGUCUAAGUUGA